AUGAUCUUGCUGUUAGCUAUUUGCUACAUUGUGUACAGCAGGAUACAUCAAGCUCGUCAGGAUCACGAUCUUGAGAAUCAGGAGGAUGGGCAAUCGAGUCCGUCGAGCUACACCAUCAAUACCUCCAACUCGCCGUCAACCGAAUACGUAUCCCCCAACAUGCGUUUUGCACCGGCGAAGGACUUCCGUAACAAUCGGAAUCGGCCAUUCUGGGCCUCUUCGACCACCAUCCUACCCGCAAAUGCGGCGGACGAGGAGAGACUGCUGGACUAUAGCAGUGAGCAGCAGUACAUAGCUGAGAAAGACAAGGAACGGAAACUUGGUACAAGCCGCGGGGGUAAUCUUGAGAAGACAAACAACAUCAAGAUCAUCAUCACGGAGCCGGAGCCGGUAGCUUCGCGACAUGGCAUGUCCCUCGAAUUCGACCCCCUCAGAUCCCAUCCGGUCGAGUUGGGUCGAGGUACCACCAUCAAGCAAUCAGGAACUCUCCGAAACCUGACUGCGAUCCCCAGAAGCGUAGAGUCUGACAAGACUGCGUCAAAUCGAAACCACUCAGUCGGUUCGGGCUCAAGAACACCAGGGCCCAGUUCGGCCUCUAGAUCCUCUCGGCAUCAUCAUUUGCGGAAAUCGAGAAGGCCAACCAUCAGCAGCGUCGGCGGCAGGCAGGACUUGCGAGCUUCCAUCCGUCGCGCCGCUAUCAGAUCUGCCCUCUCUGCUUCGAGGGCCAUCACCACCCAGGCUCCUGCUGCCUCCUUCUCCGCCAGCGUUGCCCGCACUGCUCUUGUCUCCAGCAGAAUCCAGGCUAUCCGCUUCUUCUCUCAGUCCCCCCGUGUCCUCAACACCGAGGAGACUACCCAGACCGAGCAGACCGAGCAGACCGAGACCGAGACUGCCCCCGCUGCUACCGAGGAGGCUGCCGUCAAGCAGAACUCCAGUCCCGCCCACACCGCUUUCGUCCGCAACAUCGUCUUCGAUGCUACUGAGGAGCACCUCAAGGGCGCUUUCGAGAAGUUCGGCGAUGUCACCGACGUUUUCCUCGCCAAGGAUGCCCGCGGUUUGAGCAAGGGUUACGGUUUCGUUACCUUUGCCACCAAGGAGGCCCUCGAGGAGGCCUGCUCCCAGGUCGACGGCUCUUUCUGGCACGGUCGCCGCAUUAGCACCACCGAUGCCGAGCUGAACAACAUCUUUAUCGGCAUUGACGGUCUCAAGGACGUCCGCGUCGCCGUUGACCGUGCUACCGGCUGGCCUCGUGGCUUUGCCCAUGCCGACUUCGUCGAUGUCGAGGCUGCCGUUAACGCCUUGGAGAAGCUCCAGGGUGUCCAGCUCGGUGAGCGUACCGUCAAGCUCGACUAUGCCCAGCCCUCCACUCCUCGCCAGCCCCGUGAGAACAACGGCGAGCGCCGCGAGUAUAACCGUGACGGCGGUAACCGCAGCUACAACCGUGAGGGCGGCAACCGCAGCUACGGUAACCGUGACGGUGGUAACCGCAGCUUCAACCGCGAGGGUGGCAACCGCAGCUACGGCAACCGUGAGGGUGGUCAGCGCAGCUACAACCGCGAGGGCGGCAACCGCAACUACAACCGUCGUGACCAGGGCGAGUCCACUGAGUUCUAA